AUGGCGGACCGCGAGGAGCUGCAGGUUUCCCCGCCGCCGCCGCCCUCCUCUCCCGCGUCUUCAGACGCGUCUUCGGCAUCUUCCCCGGGCACCCCGGGAGGUUUGGGCUGGCCGGUUCCAAGCAGGAGAAGCGGCCGGCCGGUGGACCCGCUGGAGGAGGUGGAGCUGCAGAUCGGAGACGCAGGGUUUUCAUUAACCAAACUUCUCGAAGCCACAUCGGCAGUAUCAGCACAAGUGAAAGAGCUUGCCUUCAAAUGUACAGAAAAUGCACGUUUCCUUAAAACAUGGCGGGACCUCUUGAAAGAAGGCUAUGAUUCCUUGAAGCCUGACAACUGA